AUGUCGCUGGUGGCAAUAGGUGCAUGCUACUUGGACACGAUCUUAACGAUCCCCCACUAUCCCGGAGAGGAUGAAAAGCUUCGUGCCUCUAAUAUCUCUCGCCGGAGGGGAGGCAACUGCCCCAAUACGCUUGAGGUGCUUCAACAAUUGGCCGCUCACGGUUCAUCGAGCGCGCCAAUCUCAUUGAACCUGGUCGCAGUCCUGCCUGCUAGGUCAUCCGUCGCUUCGCGGCAGGUCCAGGCGGCGUUCGAACCGCAUGUGCGCAUGGAUCACUGCAUAUACCGGGAAGAGCUCACGGAGCCUGCUUCAAGCUAUAUCUUCAAAAGUCAGGCUUCGGGAAGCCGGACCAUUGUAAACUACAAUGAGCUACCGGAGAUGACCGUUGUUGAAUUCGUCGAGAUCGCCGGUCGAUUAGGUCCCACGGCUUCGUGGUUUCAUUUCGAGGGUCGGAUACCUGAGGUGACACUAUCUUGCAUUCGCUAUUUGCGAAAGCACUUUCCUUCAAUGAGAAUCAGUGUCGAAGUGGAGAAGCCAGGACGGCCAGGCUUGCAGGAACUAGCGGAGGAAGCAGACGUCGUCUUCUAUUCGAAAAGUUGGGCUCAAGGAAAUGGAUACCAGUCAGCCGAACAAUGCGUGCAAGAACAAUCUUCCCUAGCGAAGAAAGCCUCGCUUCUGUGCUGUACAUGGGGUGAAUAUGGAGCAGUAGCUCUGAGCACUGCUGUGAAGGAAUUAAUCCAUCAGCCCGCAUACACUGCGGCCGACUUCAAAGUCGUGGAUACGAUCGGCGCGGGUGACAGUUUCAAUGCCGGCAUGCUGUACGCGCUACUUUGUCGAGGCAAUGAAUGGAGCCUGCCGCAGAAGCUGAGCUUUGCGAACCGGGUCGCUGGAAUGAAGGUAUCGCAGGAAGGCUUUGCUGGCCUUCAUCGCGCGCUGGAGUCUUAGUAUUAAUUGGAAGAGCUACCCGGCUCGGUGUUCGCUGUAUGGCGCCAUCGAUCAUCGAAGUGAACGAAAAUUGCUUAGAGCAGCUCAAGAC